AUGCCUCAAGGACCCAAGGCACCCAUCGCGGACCCCGCGGGCGUCUCCAACAUGACCGCCGAGCAGCACAAAUCCGCGCUCCAGGCGCUCAGCAACGGGCAACCCGUGCCGUACCCAGCCACGCUCAGGACUGUCGUGCACGCGGGCACGAAGGCGCCCAAGAGGGAGGACCAGGACCCGGACAAGAAGCCCCCGGGGUACAGCAGGAACGCGAGGGGAGGGUUCUUCACCUCAUGA